CUUCUGCACCAAAGUAUAUCAAGAGGGGCAGGGGCCAUUACUUAGCGUCCCUGGGCCCUAUUUCCGACUCCGCAAUCCGUCAGGUUCUCAAGGCCAACAUGAUAUACUUGUCCGGUGGCAAUGAUCUAGCGCGCAACUUUUAGAGACGGAAUGAGACGCCCAAAAUACAUAAACGCACUCUUUCUGCGUCUGGAAAUCCAGUAUCCUUCGCACAACCCAUACGAUCCAAGUAACCAUCCUUUCCGAAAACGAAAGAAAACAUGAACGCCUCCUCAAAGAAGCCGACAGUCCUAGUCCUUGGCUCGACAGGCCAGAUUGGUAAACUGGUGGUCAGAAUCCUCGAGAACUCUCCAGAUGUUCGCCUUCGCCUGUGUUCGCGGCGUGCAGAAGCAGUGGAAAGGAUCAAAAAUGAAGGGAAAGAGGCCGUACAUCUGGAUCUGGACGAUCCGAAGACUUUUGCAUUCGCUCUAGCUGGCGUGGAACGUGUUUUCCUGUUGACCGGAUACACAGUUGCGAUGUUGACGCAAAGCAAGACAUUCGUGGACGCCGCUGUGAAGGCUGGCGUGAAGCACAUUGUUCAUUUGGGCAUUUUUGGCGAAUGGGAUACCACAGAUCCGCACUUUGCUUGGCAUCAGCUCAUCGAGACCUACAUCAAAGCAAGCGGUCUCGCUUGGACGCACCUUCACCCCAAUAUGUUCAUGGACAACCUCCUGGCUGCCACUUCACCCAAAGCAGAUCAGUUAACGCUCUACGUCGAGAACCGUCGCGUGGGUUGGAUCGCGGUGAGCGACAUCGCAGCGAUGGCGGCAGCCGUUCUACGAGAAGGGCCUGACAAGCACCACGAACGCGACUACUGGAUGAGCACUGAUGUACUGGACGGCUCAGAGGUUGCGAUAAUUUUAAGUGAGGUCACUGGUCGGAGCAUUGCUUUCAAUCCCAAAGGACCGGACGAUUUCAAGGCGCUGGUCUCAGCCCCGGGUUCGGGAGCGGAACGGUGGUACGCUGAGGGUGGAGUUGAUUUUAUGAGGCAAGUCGUCGAUGGCCGGAUGGGUUAUAUCGGAACUAUUCGUGACGAUGUUCCCUAUGUGCUUGGAAGACCGGCGUUGACCUUCCGAGAGUGGGCUAGCGAGCACAGAGAAGAGUUCAUCAGACUUGCUAGCGCUACUCAUUAGUCUCGAAACGAGGGGCUAUAAAUGAUGGUCUAUUGAAUUCUUGCUACAGACAAUUUUCGCUGCAUACAUCUUACACUAGCCGGAUCGUGCCCUCUUGAGCCUCGUUCCCAACAGACUGAUGAGACGGUCCUGUUCCCGGCAGCCAAAGGACCAUGGGC